AUGAAUACAAUUCUUGCAACUCCUGUCAAAGCCACCUUCGACAAUCACCUCGUCGACCAGGAAUAUCUCACUUCCCGCGAUCACAGACGAUCCAACGUGACUGAGACCGUUCAUGGUCGUCAUAGAGCCGCGCGUCGACUUGAAGAGCAGCGCAAGGUGCUCUGGUCCGCACACACAAACUUCGAAGUCGCCCCCAAGUGGACGCGCCAUGCCGAGGAAUAUAUCAAUCCGCACUUGCUCGAGCAUGAACGGGAGCCUAUUGCUCCCCGGUACGGAGCCGACUCUGUACCCUCACGCCUGAUGCCCAAUUCUGAACGCUGCAGGUGCUCAUGGUGCCUUGAGCCACUCGCUGCGAAGAAGGCAACCCUCCGAAGGGAAACUCAGGCUGUGGUCAAGUCGGUCGUUUCUGGAUCUACCAGUGCCCGCAAGGGCCAAUGGGUCGACUGGGAUUGGACGGGAGAGAACGACUCCUUUGCUGUUGAACAUGGAGACGAGUGGGGCCAGGCUGUCGACAAACCUGCUCCAGUUGCCCAAGUUGAUUUACUUGCAAUGGCCAAGCCUGCAAAGGCUAAACGACGCACAAUUGCUCAUCAGAAGCGCGCUUUAACCUACGGAUCGUUCGCCGGACCUUCUCAUCGAGAUGUCGACAACAUUUCGAUGCUCGACUACGAAGAGACUUGGGAGCAUCUCGAUCCUGACCAACUUGAUCGGCUCCUUCGAGGACUAGACGACAACGACGCAGCAUCUGAGUGGGACUGGGACAAGUGCAGCCAGGCAUGA